AGGACAUAUCUUAUCUACUUAUAUUGGGGAAUUAUGAUCAUGGAACAAUAUCAUAUUUGACACAAGUUGAUGUUUUAAACUUCAAUAUGGGACUAUGUUGCAGUCAAAAUCAAAAUGGCGUACAUCAUAUUGACUCCGGUACCAAUGCUACAACGUACUCAACCCAGGUGACGGUAACGCACGAUAGUUCAAUCCUGGACGAUAGUUCAACCCCGGGAAGUACACACAAUCAGAACAGGACAAAUACCAGUUCAGGGCAUCGGACUAAGAGGAAAAAGAUUAAAAUAAACGUUACAGUUGAGCAUCAUUCUAAUCGGUUCACAGUUCACUCUGAUGGACCUAUUGACAGUAUAGAUAUUGAGCACAUUGAGAAGCAAUAUAAUGCAAGGCUUGUGGGACAACGACACUAUCGAGAACAAUCGCCGCACAAUCAAGUACAAUCGCAGAACAAUCGAGCACAAUCGCUACACAAUCAAAUACAAUUACCAUAUCAACCUCAAUCGCAAAUAUAG